AAGACAUUUAUUUUCAUUCAUUCGUAUUUGCGGGUGUUUUAUGCCACGUUGUUGUUGGUGCUCAUAUCUACUAUUCGUAUCGCCUCUCUACAUUCGUCGCGCUUAUUUUGUGCAACAGAUCUGCAUCAUACAGAUGGCUAAUUCUAAAAUCAGAUGAAAUUUCUACUAAAAUAUCAGAUAAUCAGUAUGUGUAAAGUGGUGGGUGGUGAGUGGUUUUGUAGAUGGAUCGUCAAGCCAAGUCCAUCGCCUUAGAGAAGGCACAUGUACAUGACGUCUAUGAAAAGAUAGCUCCUCAUUUCACUGAUACAAGAUACAAAGCAUGGCCAAGAGUCAAAGAGUUUCUGCUACAGUUGGAACCUGGCAGUAUUAUAGCUGACAUAGGUUGUGGAAAUGGAAGAUAUCUUCCAAUUAACGGGGAGACGUUUAAGAUAGGGUCAGAUAGAUGUGAAAGACUGGUAGACAUAGCAAAUAAAAACAGCUAUGAAGUGAUGGUAUGUGACAAUAUCAGACUACCAUAUCGUGAUAAUUGUUUUGAUGCAGUUAUAUCUAUUGCUGUUAUUCAUCACUUUGCUACUGUUGAAAGACGAAUACAGGCGUUACAAGAGUUAUCCAGGAUAUUAAGGCCUGGAGGCAAGCUCAUGGUUUAUGUAUGGGCUAUGGAACAAAAACAACGCAAGUUUGACUCGCAGGACGUCCUUGUACCAUGGCAUUUACAACCACGAUAUCACAAACACAAAGCUAGACGUUUACAAGAUUUGAAGAAUGAGAAUUCAAGCUAUUGUAGCUCCACCAGCGAUGAUGACCAGGACAUGCCAAGGCAAUCCCCACACAGACAACCGAGACAACAACAAGACCAGGAAUUGCCAGGUGUCAGAUCACAACCCACACAAUGCAGACAAGACAAUGGAGAAAUCACUAACCCUGACUCUUGUAGAAAAUGUGGACUUCCACAGCGAUCGUAUUCAGAUAGCGGUGUAACAAUGGGAAGGAUGUCUUAUGAGAGAGAAAAUAGUACUAAUAGUGAACAAAGUGUAGAGACCUGUCCCGAUAAUGUGCCAAGUGAAAACUCAGAUAACGGUUUGAAUAUGGAAACCUGUGAAAGCACCCUAUCAGGAAAAAAAGACGAGCAUGAUGUUGUAAAAGGAAGUUGUGAGAUUGCUGAUGACUCAUGGGUUGUUGUGGAUCAGUCGGAGACUAUUCAAAAGGUAGUUAACGACGUGAAGCGUUUAACGGCUGAAUGUAUCGGUGAUGGCAAAGCAGAAUCUAAUGAAUCUCAAAUUGGUGAAAAAUCAUUAGUAAAUGGAUUCAACAAAGCAACAGAUUUGCCAAACCACAAUGGAGAAUCUCUAAAUAGAAUCUCAAAAAAUGAGGGUGGGUCAGAUCAAAGCAUGGAUGAAGAUGAAACUAAAAAAUCAGAAAAUCAUGUUUGGAAAGGACAAAAAAAGGUUGGUGAUGCAACUAUAUCUGAUGCCUCCGACAACUCAACUGAUAAUGAAAUAUCAUAUUUAAGAAAAACUAAAAGUGAAAGUUGGCUAUUAAAUAUCAGUAGUCGAUUUUCACCCAAGUUACUCAGACUACGUCAAGGUAGGUGUACACCACCGAUAGCCAAGAUUAGCCAGGCUUUUGCAAAAGGUGAAACAUACAAACCACUGAGGUUCUCGCUUAAAAAGAAAUCGUUAGGCAUAUCAGAUGACGGCUGCAGUGUUUCCUCGGUCGAUAGCGACAGCUCUGGAAGCUGUAUUGAAAAGAGAAUUCAUUUCAGUAAACAACAUAAAACCAAAACGGCUGAAAGUAUUCAGGUUGAUCUCUGUUCUUGUAAUGGAGAAGUGGAGGACAAUGAUGAUAGUGACAAGAUGAAGAAUAUAAAUAACGGUACUGAAAAUGACACAGAAAACCUUGUAACGGCUGACCCCUCAACUUGUAAGCGUUAUUAUCAUGUUUUUAAAGAGGGGGAACUUGUGAAUCUGGUUGAAGAGCAUGUAGAAAGUCUGUAUGUUUUGCAGAGCUAUUACGACCAUGCAAAUUGGUGUGUUGUAGCAGAGAAAGUACAAGUGUGGAAAAUCUAGUAAUCGAAAAUCGAGUAAAAAUACGUGCACAUCAAAUUGUGUCACCAUUGGGAGGGAAGAUUGCUAUAUUUUGAUAAGAAUAUAUUGUAUAUAUACAGACACAUAGUAAGAUGUGUUUAGGAAAUAAUACUUUCUAUUUUUAUCAGAAAUCUUCUGCAUCAUUAUCAUGUUUAUAAAUAUUUAAUUCAAUACAAAAAUCAACAGUCGUAGUACUAAGAAUUUGUAAAAGUACUAUAUUGCCAAAAAGCUGUCUACUUCCUGAACAUUCAGUUUUAAUUACAAGGCGCAUAUAUAAAUACAGUUUACAUGUCGGUCAUUCGGCCACAUUUAUGGUGCUCGAUACCAGGCUUUACAGUUACCAUGACGAUUUAAUGUCUUGCACUUGUCAGGAUUUUUAUUAUCGUUGAUGUGUUAUGUUUAUGUGCAGUACUAAAUACUACUUUUGUGUACCAGUAAUUAUAUUACGCAAUAUUUUUAUUAUCCUUGAUGUGUUAUGUUUAUGUGCAGUACUAAAUACUACUUUUGUGUACCAGUAAUUAUAUUAC